AUGUCUCUGUCUAUCCUCUGUACCUUCAGCCCCUGCCACGUCAUCCUCUUCUCCUAUUCCGGCAUAGCCUGGAAACUCCACAAGGCCUACCAGUCCAUCCAGAGCGGCGACUUCAACUACGGACACAUCGAGAGGAAGGUCACUCUGGUGAGUAUGAAGGUUUAUCUGUUGACUGUUUAUUAACCGUUUACGGAUUUUUCUUUAAAGCUGGAAUCCACAUUUGUUUUUGUUUUGUUGAUAAAACGGAGGAGAGGAAAGUUUGGCAGCAUGGUAAUAAAAAUUUCAAAACAUAUGAAGUAAAAUAAAACAUAAUACAAUUGUAUUGGUCACAUGCGCCGAAUGCUUACUUACGAGCCCAUUCCCAACAAUGCAGAGUUAAAAAAAGAAAAAAAGAUUUGCUGAAUAAAAACUGAAAUAGUAACACAAUAAAAUAACAAUAACGAGGCUAUAUACAAGGAUUAACGGUACCGAGUCAAUGUGCAGGGGUACGAGGUAGUUGAGGUAUUGAGGUAAUACAGUAUGUACAUGUAGGUAGGGGUAAAAGAGACUAGGCAAUAAGGAUAGAUAAUAAACAGAGUAGCAGCAGCGUAUGGGUAGUGUGUGAAGUGUGUCUAUGUGUGAGUGUGUGUGUGUGUGGUGUCAAUAUGCAUGUGUGUGUGAGCGUAUGUGUGUGUAUAUGUGUGUGUGUGUUGGAGUAUCAGUGUAGUAUGAGUGUGUGUGUGGGUAGAGUCUAUUGAAUGUGCAUAGAGCCAGUGCAAGAGAGUCUGUGCAAAAAAAUUAAUAUAAAAUAAUAAAAUAAUAAACGGGGUCAACGUAAAUAGUCCGUGUAGCCAUGUGAUUAACUGUUCUGGAGUCUUAUGGCUUGGGGAUAGAAGCUGUUCAGGAGCCUUUUGGUCCCAGACUUGGGAGCAGUCUAUGACUUUGGUGGGCCUUUGACAAUUUUUAGGGCCUGUUAUUAUAAAAAUAAUAAUAAUUCUUAUUAUUAUAAUUAUAAUUAUUAGGAUGUUCUAUUGCACGUGCAAUGAUGUCCGAAGGAGAAAACAGUGUUUGUUGUUUGAAGUAACUUAUUUGUUGUGGUAAUAUCACAAACAGACAUGGCAGUUUAAGUACGGAUUCCAUCUUAAUGAGAUUAUUGGGUUUAUUAAUGGGUUACUGGGGUUUGAAGUCAAUAAAUCAAUCCAUGAAUCCGUUUCAAAUUUAAAGAUUUAUUGACUAUCUAUAAACCUUUGAUAAUCGCCAGCCUCAUGGCUUCUCUAUGGUGUCUGGUUAAAAAUAACAAUUUAUCCGAACAGGCUGACCAGCAUAUCUACAAGAACAGAUUGCACUGUUCAGUGAAUACAAUUGCCUUGUUAUUGUCAAACUGCCUCCCUCCUUACCAAUUGUGCAAGUUCUCCCACUUAAAAAGAUGAGAGAGGCCUGUAAUUUUCAUCAUAGGUACACGUCAACUAUGACAGACAAAUUGAGGGGAAAAAAUCCAGAAAAUCACAUUGUAGGAUUUUUAAUGAAUUUAUUUGCAAAUUAUGGUGGAAAAUAAGUAUUUGGUCACCUACAAACAAGCAAGAUUUCUGGCUCUCACAGACCUGUAACUUCUUCUUUAAGAGGCUCCUCUGUCCUCCACUCGUUACCUGUAUUAAUGGCACCUGUUUGAACUUGUUAUCAGUAUAAAAGACACCUGUCCACAAGCUCAAACAGUCACACUCCAAACUACACUAUGGCCAAGACCAAAGAGCUGUCAAAGGACACCAGAAACAAAAUUGUAGACCUGCACCAGGCUGGGAAGACUGAAUCUGCAAUAGGUAAGCAGCUUGGUUUGAAGAAAUCAACUGUGGGAGCAAUUAAUUAGGAAAUGGAAGACAUACAAAACCACUGAUAAUCUCCCUCGAUCUGGGGCUCCAUGCAAGAUCUCACCCCGUGGGGUCAAAAUGAUCACAAGAACGGUGAGCAAAACAUCCUUGACAUGAUAGCAGACAUUAGCGGAAUAUCUUCUAAUACCACACAAAUGACCGAAAUGAGUGGCUACUCUGUCAGUGACAAACUGAGAGCAAUAAAAACGACCUGGUCUUGAAUGAAAACAAUAGCCCAGGCCAAUGAAGAGACACCCAUAUUGUACAAUAUUAGGAUAAAUAUAUAUACUGUAUAUUAUAGGCUACAGUAGGCUACUAAAUAAACUUUCCAGUGGCAUUGAUUCACCCAAUGAUGAAGAUUAAGCCUAGACUACUCACUGGUGAUGGUUGAUGCGCUCGUGCCAAUAGCUUAUCUCAAGAUAAGACACUUUGAAAAACAGUGCUGUCCACUCAGAAUCGCUCGAAAGUUGUUGAGAAUUUUAUUUUAGCUUCUACAGACAGAUUAGUCUUCUCUUUUCAGCAGUAGGCAUUUUCUUUCCAACAUUUUUUCUCGUGGUUGUAUUUAGAAAUUUUCAAAAAGCAAACUGACAGCCUCAACCAACCAUAUAAAUAUAAUCCAUUGAUGGCAGUUCCCAUUGAUGUCAGGACUGGCAGCAAUUGCUAGUGUACCCAUGAGUUUAACAGUCCAGGGUUAGAGGUUACAACACCCUUCUAUGGAUUAUGUCAAUGGCCACAACGCAACAAGCUGUUCUAUAUUUGCCGUUCGUGCUGCCCAAAUUGCGGACUGUUUGUUUUUGCAUUGUUUGUUUGUUUACGAGGGAUGAAUUAUUCAAUUCUGGUUAGAUAUCAAAACAGGACAAGUCUAGUAAAUUGUCAUCGUUUUUGAAGAUAAUAUUUAUCCAGGUAAAACCCUGUUUUAUACUUAUCCACUUAGGGUCUUUUAGACAUUGGGCUCAAACAAAGCUCAUGAAUGACAGUGACUAAAGCGUAGAAGACUUUUGUAUUUAUUUAAGAAAUGCUUUAGUCCCUGUCAAAUCUGGCUUCCUCACGCUUAAGAUGUUUGACAAGGCUGUAAACAUAGUCUAUAUAGAUGAAUGUCUUUCCUCCCCCUCUCCUCUCCUCUCCUCCCCCUCUCCUCUCCUCUCCUCCUCCUCUCCUCUCCUCUCCUCUCCUCUCCUCUCCUCUCCUCUCCUCUCCUCUCCUCCCCCUCUCCUCUCCUCCUCCCCCCCCCCCUCUCCUCUCCUCCCCUCCCCAGAUGGGGGUGUUGAUCAGUUUAGGGUUCAUCGUGGCCUGGUCUCCCUACGUGGUGCUCAGCUUUUGGUAUAUGUUCCAGGGGAAGGCCAGCCUGGCCCCACUGGUCUCCCUGCUGCCCUGCUUGUUCGCUAAGGGCUCCACGGCCUACAACCCUUUUAUCUACUACAUCUUCAGACGCUCCUUUAGACGCCAGCUCCACCAGCACCGGGGGCUGAUCUGCUGCUCUGCCCAGCCAGACACACCUUCGUUUGGGGAGACGGAAGCAGACAGACUUUGAGGUCUGAUCUACGACAGAGCCUCCCGGAGGAGAAGAGUGGAGCUCCUCUGGUGGGGGAGUUGGGAACUGCGGCGCUGGAGAUA